AUGCAAACAGGUGAGAGUGGAAAGAAAUAUGGUUUACAAAUACCAGCAUCAAAGUUAAAGAGUGCAUUUGGCAAUUCAUUCGAGGAGGAUGAUGAUGAUGAUGAUGACACAAACUCAAAGUCAAAGACAUCAACAAAGUCAACAACAACAGUAAAGAAUGAAGGUGCAAUUGAUUAUUAUAGACAACGUGAAUUGGAGAAUGCAAAGAAGAAUAGACCAACGAGUAGUGUACCGACGACAAAGGUUGAGAAGAUGCAGGUGGAAGCAUUGGAAUUGGACCCAACGGCAUUCGAGUAUGACAGUGUGUACGACUCGAUGAAACAGGAGAAGAAGAAGGGUGCCGAUGCCAUGCGAGCCGGUCUACAACAACAGGCACAGAAGCCAAAGUAUAUUAAUGACCUGCUGCAACAUGCCGAUCGCAAGAAGAAGGAGUUGGAAAAGGUCAAGGAUCACCAGGUGCAGCGUGAGCGCGACGCAGAGGGCGACACAUUCAAGGACAAGGACGUGUUCAUCACAUCGGCCUACAAGAAGCAAUUGGAAGAGAGGAAGCGAGAGGAGGAGCGCGAGCGUCUACUCGAGCAAGAGGAAGAUGUCACAAAGAAGAAAGACAUGUCAUCAUUCCACAAGAACAUGUAUCACUCAAUAACAGAUGACAAGCCAGAGGCUCAGGCACAGACUAAGGACUCAAACAAGUCAUCAUCAUCAUCAUCAUCAUACAGCAGACCAAGAGAUGAUGAUCGUGGAGGUUCUGGCCGUGGUCGAGGCGGAGGCGGAGAUGGUGGAGGUGGCAGGAGAUAUGAAGAUCGCGAUGAUCAUGGAUACAAGAGAAGAGAUAGAGAUGGAGAUAGAUACAAAGAUCGUGGCGACAACAAUGAGUCAUCAUAUUCAUCAUCAUCGUCAUCGUCAAGACAUUCAAAGAAGGAGUCAUCAUCUGCAUCAAAGACAGUGGACAACACUCCCAAGUUGUUGUAUCCACGAAGGAAUGAUGAGCAGUCCAUUGCCGCAGCAAGAGAGCGAUAUCUACAAAGGAAGCUCAACAGAGCAUAG